AUGCGCUUCAUCUUACCUUUCCUCGCCGCUGCCAGCCUUGCCAGCGCCGGUCUGCUAGAGACUGUUGCCAAGAGAGAUGACUACUGGGGUGGCAGCGUCUCGCUUGGUCCCUCCAAGUCGACCAUCAUCAACGCUGUUACAACGCUGAUCCCCGGAGCUGCACCACCAACUCAGAACGGCGUGCUAUUCCUCUGGCCUGGUAUGUCCAACGGAACCGGCGACCUAGUCCAAACCACUCUUGAAAGCUGGCCUAGCAACUCGUGGUGUGGAGCAGCCACUGGCCAGUGGUGUGUGCGUGCCAGCGUCUUCGGCAGCUUUGGUCAGCUCGACGGCACUGGAUCACCCGUGAGUGGAACCGACCAGGUGCGGAUUGAGUACAAUCUCGAGUCCGAUGGACAGACCUGGAAGCAGACUGUCACAAAUGGUCAGACUGGCGCGCUGCUUUCAACUUACUCUCAUGCCUCUGGACCUUACAUGCGAGGAUAUGGCACCGGAACUGAGUGUAACGACAACUGCUCGGGAACUAUCGCUGCGCAGAAAUACUUGAACACGGUUAUUACUCUCGCCUCGGCUGAUACUACCUUCGGCUCGACGAUUGCCAGCGCGGGUGGUGCUACUUAUACCGGACUUUCGUCCAGUCAGAGUGGAAAGGUGUGGACCAUUACGCAGAUUGACAUUCCGUCGAUGCAUUGA